AACCACUUUGAGGAGUUUGAGCGGUUUAGUAUUAGAAUUUUAAUAUUUAUAAAUGCAGCAUUAAAUUAAUUAAAGCAUUUCCUGUAUCAAAUGGACAUAAUUAAGGUCAUUUUACACGACGGAGCUAGAAUUAUCUUUUCAAGAUUUGUGUAGAUCUACCAUUUUAUUUUAAUUCCAGAGCAAUGGAGGCGCAUGGAUAUCUGGUACCGUUAAGCAUUUCCAUCCCCAUAGCGACAGUCACGUUUGGGUUACUGUGGUAUUGUCAGAAAAAAAAUCAUGCAAAACCAAACUCAGACAAGGUACACCAUGAGUUGAAGAAAAGUCGUUCUCGUAUUACAGUAGGCCUAGAGAGUAAACCAAGGAAAUCUGGAUGGAAAAUAUCCAGUGAUUUAAAUCUGUCUGAGGUUGGAGUGAACUUUAACCAAUGGAGGAAACCGGUGAGCAGAUGGGGCCCGGAUGAAGACGACAUGAAAUCACUGUACACACAACUGGAUAUCAAUGAAUCCGACUGGAAGCACGCGACAUCAACCGUGGAUAGUGUCCUUCAUAUGUUACUAUGUCAGAUGAAAAAACGCCUGAACAAAGAUGUGAUCAUUAAAGAAUAUAUUAAACAAGGUAGUUCAAGAGAAGGUCUUAAAGUGGGUAAAGCUGAUGAGUUUGAUGUCCUGAUGCUGUUUCAUAUAAAUGAUUUGCCCUUAGAGACUGAACAUCUAACUGAUGCAUAUAACAACAUGUUACCAGAAUUUGGUCGCCUAGUCGUUGCAGACGAUAUAGAUCCAGAACGAUACAAAUGGUUCUUCAAAAACGAGUGUAUCGAAUGGGAUGACAGUUUAGACAAAUUUUGCUUAAAUUCAAGAAAAUUACACGAAAAAUUGUUUAUUUCUUUAAUUCAAAGUGCAUCACACGACAUUCAGGUAACAGUAAACGAUUCUAACAAAGAUCUUUAUAAAUUUACUCUAAAUAGAAUUCGGAAGAAUCCACCGGCAGUGAAUAUUGAAAUCGAAAUUAUAUUUCCACGGAAUAUAGAGGAAAAUCAUGUGAUUCAGAGUCUUAAAGAAGUGAAAGAUCGCCACUAUCGUUCAGUACUAGAAUCAGCAAAUAGAGAUUUACCUAAAAUAUGUAGAAGAGUAAUAAAUGUGGAUAUUGUCCCAGCUAUUCAGAUAGGAAUGGAAAAAGUCCCUGAUCCUACAGACUGGAACAAGACAAUGGAAUGCCCAAGAUACGCUGUUUUCAGAUGGGUUGAAACGAAUCAAGCUGCUGCAGGAAAAUAUGCCUGUCCACCGGAAUUAAGAUGGCGUCUGUGUAGUUCCGGUUAUGAAAAACACGUGAUAGAUGUUGCGCGCGGAUCAACAGAACAAAGCUACAUUUUAACCGCGCUGCGCAUUUUGAAAUGGAAAUUUACGUCCUUACAAGAAACAUGGGAGCCUCCUCAACUUGUAGCACAUGUGCGGUCUUAUCAUUUGAAGCAUAUAGCAUUUUACUGCAUUUUGUAUCUCACUGUACUGAACAAAGUUCAUUUGACAGGUGUCAAACAAGCGCUAGCAUAUUUACUUGACUUUUUAAGCAUUGCUUUAACUGAACGAAGACUUCCCCACUUUUUUCAUGAUAAUGAAUUCAUAGUUUACAUGUUUCCGGACUAUAAUGUGGCAGACAACACUUUAAGAUAUGAUUUAUUCAUCGACAAGACAGAUGAUUGUUUGCUACAAGCAAAGAUGUCCUUUAAAAGGCUAAAACUGCGGGAAGAAAUGUGUGAUAAUGUAUUUACUUACCCAGAAUACGCAAACACGUUUCAAAAGUACAUUCAAGCUGGAAAGUAUUACACGGGCAAUUAUUGUCGCGCGUAUGAACAUUAGGAGAUACGAACUCGAAGUGCAAAUGAAAUUGACAGACGUAGGACUAAAAUUUAAUUGCUAGAAAUGGUGCUCAAACUUUGAUAACUCUGUGAUUGUCAGAGGGUACAUGAGAGGAUUUGACGUUAGUCACCAGUCAAUAUUACCAAUGACCUUCAUCUUCUAGAUGAUUGCAAUGGAUAGUGGGGUUAUCUUUACGUCUAUUCCUGCACCGCCGCGUUAAAAUAUUGGGGGGAUUUAUCCAUCUUGCUGUGUGGUAUUUAAGUGGAUAUUUUACCAUUUGACUAUAACUGUAGGGCGAUGUCUUUAAACAGGUGUUUUAUAUGCCCGAAAGGGCAUAUUAUGUUAUACCCCCUGGCGUCCGUCCGUACGUCCGUCCGUCCGUUAGCAAUUUGGUUUCCGGAGCAUAACUUUAGUUCCAUUUGGCCCACAAUGUUCAAACUUCUUAGGAUGAGUGUCCAUAUUGGGUAGAAGACCCCUAUUGAUUUUGUGGUCACAAGGUCAAAGGUCAAGGUCACUAUUACCUUGAUACUGGAAACAGUUUCAGGAGCAUAACUUAAGUUCCAUUUGGCCCACAAAAUCCAAACUUCAUAGGAUGAUUGUCCAUAUUGGGCAAAAGACCCCUAUUGAUUUUGGGGUCAUUAGGUCAAAGGUCAAGGUCACAUUACCUUAAAACCAAAAACAGUUUCCGGAGCAUAACUUAAGUUCCAUUUGGCCCACAAUAUUCAAACUUCAUAGGAUGAUUGUCCAUAUUGGGUAGAUGACCCCUAUUGAUUUUGGGGUCACAAGGUCAAAGAUCAAAGUCACUUUUACCUUAAUACUGAAAACAGUUUCUAGAGCAUAAUUAAAGUUCCAAUUGGCCCACAAUAUUCAAACUUCUUAGGAUGAUUGUCCAUAUAAGGUAGAAGACCACUAUUGAUUUUGGGGUCACAAGGUCAAAGGUUAAGGUCAUUAUUAAUAACUUAAGUAUUAAUCAACCUACAGCUGUAAAAUUUUAUAGGAUGAACAGCGAAUUCCCAUGUCUUACAAAUGCUUCAUCCUUACUAAAAAAAAACACUUUCGGGCAUAUAAUGCUCCGCCUAGCGGUGCUCUUGUUUUAUUCUUCAGUGGUUAGUAGCGGAGAUACAUUUGACUGGUGCAUUAACGUUAGAAUAGAUUUGUUACAGUACAGUUCUGCUCAGAACAAAGUUGAAUUAUAUGGUAUAUCAAUUAAUUAAAUCAUAUAGAUGUUAAAACCCGCUUUAUUGCAUUUAAGCAAUUUUCAUCAUUGUGUGUUGUAUAAAUGUAUAUAAAACACAUUGUUGUUAACAGGUUUAUAUACAUGUACAUGUAUAUAUUUUGAAUCCCCUUCCGCAAAGCGGGGAGGGGAUAAUAGAAAUGGCCUCCGUCCGUAACACUCGUGUCCGCUCCGUAACUUUUAAACCGCUGAAACAAAUUGAAAUAAGUUGGCACAAGUGGUCAAUAUUGUUGGACGAUGUGCAGAGCGCAAUAAUUCGGUUGCUACCCCUAAAGUCAAGGUCACACUUAAAGAUCUUUUGAAGUGUUGAAAAGUCUACAUUUCGUGUCAGCUCCAUAACAUAUAACCCCUGCAAUGUUUUUAAGACUAUUUUGGCAGUAAUGAUCACCAUCAUGCCACCAUGUGCAGAGCACAACAAUCAAGUCACUACCCUCAAGGUCAAGGUCACACUCUAAGGUCCAAUGUUAAAACAUCUAUUUUCCAUGUCCUAUCUAUAACUUUAUUGACAAUUAAAAUAUUUUUAAAUUACUUGGCACAAAUGAUCCACAGCAUGACACAAUCUGCAGAGUACAACAUCAAGGUUACUACCUCCAAGUUACAUCCAGGAUGCUACUCCCAAGGUCAAUAUUAAAUGUUCUCCAUAUCUUUUUGACUUUAUGGAAGAUUUUAAAUAAACACCAUCGUUAGACUAUGUGCUUUUGAUAUGCAUGACACAUCAUCGAGGGCAUAGUUGGCUAAAGGUCAAUAAGUACAUACUUCAUGUCCGCUGCGGAAGGGGAUUUAGAUGUAAUACAAUUCUGGGGAAGUGACAUUUCCUUUUUAUUUUCAUUAAUAUAUUUUUGAUUUGGCCUUAACUGUACCUCCUUUGAUAAAUUAUUUCUUCGCAUUGUACCUGAUUAUUGAAAGAAUAAUAGCAGUUGUCUUGAUUCAGAAGUUUGGAAAACGGUCAGAAGUUCCGAUUAGUUAAUCUGUUAGACCACUUCCGUGACAAGAUGUAUUUUGUUUAAGGCACUCUAAUGACCAUCUAGCGGCGGGUAGCUUAAAUUCUGACUGUAUAUCUUAAAUACAUGUAGGUGUUGCAUAUCUUUCUGCUGUAAGUGCAAAUGUUGAUUUUAGUAAGAAUUUCAAAUUUUAUGUUUGAAGCCUUUUGUACCUUAGUAAAGUUUCUUUAACAAUAAUAUUUAUUGGCGGGAACAUCCGCCAGUGCAUGCUUGUUGCUACUUUUUAAUCACACGUUUGUUAGAUAUACAUUGUUUCAUAGUAAUGUUACAAAUGCUUACCUGCUUUUGCUUAUUUGAAAAUUUCAUCCUAAUUUUAUAGAUUAAAGUGUAAAUGUCUAAAUACACUGCUUUCUGGAAUAUCACUAAUAAAACUUAUUCAUGUAAUUUUCGCAU